GCAGCGGGCAGCGCGGCAGCGCAGCCGCCUCCCGGCCCCGGAGCGGCGCGUCGGGGCAGCCCCGCGCCCCCUGCGCAGCCCGCGGGCUGUAAGUACCUGCCCGGGGGCAGAGCGCUGUGACAGACGCCUCCUGCUGAGGAGAGAGCCGGGAUUCCGAGGGCGCGUCCUCCCUGCCUGACACCCUCCCCUGCCGGACGCCGCUUUCCCCAGGGAGCCGGGGCUGAAGGGAAGGAAGGAGUGGGCCCGCCGCUCACCUUCCCGGCUGCACAGGUCGCUCCUUUUUUCCGGAGCUGGCGCUGGAAGCCGUAACCUGCGGUGAACUGGCCAUGGCGAGCGAGGACAAACAAGUUGUUCAGCCAACAGGUGAUGAUGGAGGAGGAGGAGCGGGAAAAGAAGGAAAUGCUGCGGAAGGGGGAAGUGUGCUGCAGCCUUUGAAUCCAGGAGUCCCCAUCCGAGGUAUCAAGAUGAAAUUUGCUGUGCUGACAGGACUGGUGGAAGUUGGUGAAGUGUCCAACAGAGAUAUAGUCGACACUGUUUUUAAUCUGCUUGUUGGAGGCCAAUUUGACUUGGAAAUGAACUUUAUCAUCCAAGAAGUAGAGGGCAUCACCUGCAUGGUGGACUUGCUGGAUAAGUGUGACGUGACCUGCCAGGCUGAGGUGUGGAGCAUGUUUACAGCAAUCCUGAAGAAAAGCAUCCGCAAUCUACAGGCGUGUACAGAAGUGGGGCUGGUUGAACAAGUGCUCAAGAGGAUCGACAGAGCUGACAACAUGAUUGCAGAUCUCUUAGUGGAUAUGCUGGGUGUGUUGGCCAGCUAUAACUUGACAGUUCGAGAGCUAAAGUUAUUCUUCAGCAAGCUUCAAGGAGAAAAAGGGAGAUGGCCACCGCAUGCUGGGAAGUUGCUGUCUGUGUUAAAACACAUGCCUCAGAAGUAUGGACCUGAUGCCUUCUUCAACUUUCCAGGAAAAAGUGCUGCAGCUAUUGCCUUACCUCCUAUAGCCAAGUGGCCGUACCAGAAUGGAUUUACUUUCCACACUUGGCUAAGAAUGGAUCCUGUAAACAAUAUUAAUGUGGAUAAGGAUAAGCCUUAUUUAUAUUGUUUUCGAACAAACAAAGGACUUGGUUAUUCUGCUCACUUUGUCGGAGGCUGCCUGAUUGUAACGUCCAUAAAAUCAAAAGGAAAAGGUUUCCAGCAUUGUGUAAAAUUUGAUUUCAAGCCACAGAAGUGGUAUAUGGUUACUAUAGUGCACAUCUACAACCGCUGGAAGAACAGUGAACUUCGAUGUUAUGUCAACGGGGAACUGGCAUCUUAUGGAGAAAUAACAUGGUUUGUCAACACCAAUGACACGUUUGACAAAUGUUUCCUGGGUUCUUCAGAAACAGCAGAUGCCAAUCGAGUGUUUUGCGGACAAAUGACAUCUGUUUACCUUUUUAGUGAAGCCCUCAAUGCUGCUCAGAUCUUUGCUAUUUAUCAGCUUGGUCUGGGCUAUAAGGGGACAUUCAAGUUCAAGGCAGAAAGUGAUCUCUUCCUUGAUGAACAUCACAAAUUGUUGCUGUAUGAUGGCAAACUAUCCAGUGCUAUUGCUUUUAUGUACAAUCCAAGGGCUACAGAUGCACAGCUGUGUCUAGAGUCAUCCCCUAAGGAUAACCCUUCUAUUUUUGUUCAUUCACCACAUGCCCUCAUGCUGCAGGAUGUGAAAGCCGUCUUAACGCACUCUAUCCAAAGCGCCCUGCACUCCAUUGGAGGAGUGCAGGUGCUUUUCCCUCUCUUUGCACAGUUAGACUAUAGGCAAUAUUCAUCAGACCACAUCGACACAACUGUUUGUUCUACUUUAUUGGCAUUCAUCAUGGAGUUGUUGAAGAACUCUAUUGCUAUGCAAGAACAGAUGCUUUCCUGUAAAGGCUUCCUCGUGAUAGGAUAUAGCCUAGAAAAGUCUUCCAAAGCCCACGUUACCCGAGCUGUUCUAGAACUUUGCCUUGCCUUUUCAAAAUACCUGAGCAACUUACACAAUGGGGUGCCCUUGCUGAAGCAGCUGUGUGAUCAUGUUCUCCUUAAUCCUGCAAUAUGGAUCCAUAUUCCAGCACAGGCUCAGCUGACCCUAUACACUUACCUGUCUACUGAGUUUAUUGCCACUGUUAACAUAUAUGGAGCAAUCCGACGGGUUGGGACAGUUCUUCUGGUCAUGCACACCCUGAAGUAUUACUACUGGGUAGUGAACCCUCAGGAUCGCAGUGGUAUAACUCCCAAGGGCAUAGAUGGUCCACGGCCUACUCAAAAAGAGAUUUUAUCCCUGCGAGCAUUUUUGUUGAUGUUUAUUAAACAGCUCGUGAUGAAGGACUAUGGAAUAAAAGAAGAUGAAUUGCAGGCUAUCCUCAAUUAUCUGCUCACUAUACACGAGGAUGACAAUCUAAUGGAUGUCUUGCAGUUGCUUGUUGCUCUGAUGUCAGAGCAUCCCAAUUCUAUGAUCCCUGCAUUUGAUCAGAGGAAUGGAUUACAGGUUGUCUACAAGCUUUUAGCAUCACAAAGUGAAGGCAUCAGGGUGCAAGCUCUAAAAGUGAUGGGUUAUUUCUUAAAGCAUCUUGCUCCAAAGAGAAAAGCUGAAGUCAUGCUUGGACAUGGAUUGUUCUCUCUGUUGGCUGAAAGGCUGAUGCUUCAGACAAGCUUAUUCACCAUGACCACAUACAAUGUCCUAUUUGAGAUUCUGACUGAACAGAUUUGCACUCAAGUGAUACAUAAACAACAUCCUGACCCAGAUUCAACAGUGAAGAUACAAAAUCCUCAGAUUUUGAAGGUUAUUGCAAUCCUGAUACGUAAUUCUCCACAGUGCCCAGAAACUCUGGAGGUUCGACGAGCCUUUCUCUCAGACAUGAUUAAACUUUUUAAUAACAGCAGAGAAAAUAGGAGGAGUUUGUUGCAGUGCUCUGUGUGGCAGGAGUGGAUGCUUUCCCUUUGCUGUUUUAAUCCAAAGACUUCUGAGGAACAGAAGAUAACUGAGAUGGUGUAUACCAUAUUUCGAAUUUUGCUCUACCAUGCAAUCAAGUAUGAGUGGGGUGGCUGGCGUGUUUGGGUGGACACACUAUCGAUCACACAUUCAAAGGUAACUUUUGAAAUGCACAAAGAGAGUCUUUCUCAAAUGUACAGGGAGUACCAAGAGAAAGGAGGUGAAGGAAGUUCUUCGACUCCAAUUAGAACAAUCUCUGGAGUUAGCAAAGAAGCUGAAACCAAGGGAAAGCAACAAUCUUUAGAGUUAAAAGAAGAUGCUGCUGCUUCUUCCUGUAUUAUUGAUGGUGAUACAGAGUGCAGAACUGAAAAAAAAGAGACAGAUAACUCAUCAGGUGUUGACCAACAACAAACUCAUUCAGUGUCUAAUCAUAAGGAGGAGUUAGAGGAGGAAGAUAGAGACACUACACAGGAUAUAAAAGCAGUACCUUGUGUGGAGUUUUCUCCAGAGCCAGAAACAGUAAAGCCCAGCGUUUCAGAAAUUAGUUCUGGAAUAGCUGAAGCAAUUGAAGAUUCUAGCAAAGGUGACGAGCUUGAGGAAGAAACAGUUGCUGUCACUGCUGCUUCCCCAGCAAUGCAAACUACUUUGGAAGGAGAAACUCCUGCAAGUCCAGAAAGACUGGAGAAAUCAACAGUAGAGGUGGAAGACGAAGAUGACUUUGUUGAUUUGAAAGAUGAAAGUAGUUUGCCCUUAUCUUCAGAAGAGUUUGCAGAAAGGAACAAGGAAUGUAGCUCCAAUGAAAGCGAAAUGACAAAGCAGGAAAAAACAACAGAGAAGGAGCCUGAAUCUGUGCUUGUAAAAUCUGAAGAUACUGAAAGUGUGGAUGGGAAAAAGCAAGAACUGACCUUACCAGAAACAGUGAGUUCUGCCGUUCCAGAAGUAGUGACUCAGCUGGAUUCAGAAGGGAAAAAGAAGAUGAAGGAAGAAAAAGUUACUGAAACCAAAACAGCUGUGGAAAAUGCAAAUGUACGUGUGCCAGAGCCUGCUGGAGCUUCCGACAAGAGAAUUGCCAAGCUUGAUGUUUCUAGUGUUGCAUCAGAUACAGAAAGACUGGAACUGAAAGCUAACACAUGUCUAGAAGCACCUCUGCCCCCCAGAUCCUUACCUGAGACCUCAAGGCAGCAAGUUUCUUCAGGACAAGAGCUGGCUGCUGCCUUGGAUGGGCAGAGAAGAGACACGAGGUCAACUGUGUUCCGUAUUCCUGAGUUUAAGUGGUCACUGAUGCAUCAGCGCUUGCUCACAGACUUGCUCUUUUCCAUAGAGACAGAUAUCCAGAUGUGGAGAAGCCAUUCUACCAAAACUGUGAUGGACUUUGUGAAUAGUAGUGACAAUGUCGUAUUUGUGCACAACACAAUUCACCUCAUCUCUCAAGUGAUGGACAACAUGAUCAUGGCCUGUGGUGGUAUAUUGCCAUUGCUUUCUGCUGCCACAUCUGCUACUCAUGAAUUGGAGAGUAUUGAGCCAACUCAAGGACUUUCAGUAGAAGCAUCUUUAACAUUUCUCCAGAGAUUAAUCAACCUUGUGGAUGUGCUAAUUUUUGCAAGCUCUCUUGGUUUCACUGAAAUUGAGUCUGAGAAAAAUAUGUCAUCUGGAGGAAUUCUGCGACAAUGUCUUCGGCUGGUAUGUGCAAUAGCAGUAAGAAAUUGCUUGGAGUGUCAGCAGCAUGCACAGAUGAAACCUGUUGGAGACAUUGGGAAGAAUCAGAAAACAGUGCAAGGCUUUAUAGGAUCAGGAAAGUCUUCAGCAAAGAGUCCAGUGGACAUUGUGACCGGUGGCAUUUCUCCAAUACGAGACCAUGAUAGACUUCUGCAGGAUAUGGAUAUUAAUCGCCUCCGAGCAGUGGUGUUCAGAGAUAUAGAGGAUAGUAAACAGGCUCAAUUUUUGGCUUUGGCUGUUGUAUAUUUUAUUUCUGUGCUCAUGGUUUCAAAAUACAGAGAUAUACUGGAGCCUCAGAAUGAAAGACGACCACCAAACCAAAGCCAGUCAUGCAAGGGAUCAGAGAAUGAAAAUAACGAGACUCCUGCUGCAGUUGUGGAAAACCCGUCUGCUGCUGUUGGUGCCUCAGUCUCCACUGAAGAUUCAGAAAGUGCAGCAUCUAUACAAAGAAGGGAUUCUGGUCUUGGGGAGGAAGCAGCUUCAGGACAAACAAACAAUUCGGGUGGUGCUGCUGAAGCGGGACCUCUGAAUGUCAGUGCAGGUCCAGAUGCCAUCAGUGAAGUGCUGUGCACGCUCUCAUUAGAAGUAAAUAAGUCUCAGGAGGGCAGAAGUGAGACAGGAACUGAAGACAGUAAACCUGCAGCUUCUGUGCCAGCUGCAAAAAAUGUCAAUGUAAAGGACAUCUUGAGAAGCCUGGUCAGCACACCUGCUGAUGGGACUGCAGUGGAUGCUGCUCUUCUGCCACCGGCCUUCCUUGGAGUUCUUGGUGAUGGAGCUGCUGACCAGCCUGUACAGUUCCAUUCCUUUGACAGGAGUGUUGUUGUACCACCGAAGAAAUCAACCAUUUCCUCUUCUACAGCUGCAGUUGGUGUUCCUACAAAUGCUGUCAGUGUGGUUUCUUCUUUAGAUUCAGCCCAAGCCCCGGAUCUGUCAGGAGAAUCUCCUGGAAGGGGAUCAUCCAGUUCAAAAUUGCCAUCUGUUCCUACAGUUUCUUCAGUGCCUGAGGAUUCCGCCUCAAAUAUGAGUAUUACAGACAGGCUUGAACAUGCUUUGGAAAAAGCUGCCCCACUUCUGAGAGAGAUUUUUGUGGAUUUUGCUCCCUUUCUUUCUCGGACUCUUUUGGGCAGUCACGGGCAGGAGUUGCUGAUAGAAGGUACAAGCCUUGUAUGCAUGAAAUCUAGCAGUUCAGUUGUGGAGCUGGUGAUGCUUCUUUGCUCUCAGGAGUGGCAAAACUCUAUACAGAAGAAUGCUGGCCUUGCCUUUAUUGAGCUUGUCAAUGAAGGAAGGCUGCUGAGUCAAACCAUGAAGGACCAUUUGGUAAGAGUGGCUAAUGAAGCAGAAUUUAUCUUGAGCCGACAGAGAGCAGAGGAUAUCAACCGCCAUGCUGAAUUUGAGUCACUGUGUGCCCAGUAUUCUGCAGACAAGCGGGAAGAAGAAAAAAUGUGUCAUCAUUUGAUAACAGCAGCGAAGUACCGAGACCAGGUGACUGCAACACAACUAAUACAGAAAAUUAUCAACAUCCUGACAGACAAGCAUGGAGCCUGGGGAAGCUCUGCACCAAGUCGUCCUCGUGAGUUCUGGCGCCUUGACUACUGGGAAGAUGACUUGCGGCGCCGGCGACGAUUUGUGCGUAACCCCCUCGGAUCGACACAUCCUGAAGCGACACUCAAAGCGGCCGGAGAACAUGCUCCCGAUGACGAUAUACUUGUUAAAGGAAAGCAGUCCAUCAAGAGUCAAGUUUUAGGAAACCAGAACUCAGAAAGUGAGAUUCUCUUGGAAGGCGAUGAUGAUAUCAUGUCAUUCAUGGAGGAGAGAGAAGUUGAGAAUCUAACGGGUCCGGUUGCCCUCAGCACGCCAGCUCAGCUUGUGGCACCCUCAGUAGUAGUGAAAGGCACUCUUUCCAUCACUCUUUCUGAGCUCUACUUUGAGGUGGAUGAAGAAGAUCCUAGUUUUAAGAAAAUCGACCCAAAGAUUCUGGCAUAUACAGAAGGACUCCAUGGAAAAUGGCUCUUUUCGGAGAUUCGAUCUAUCUUUUCCCGACGUUAUCUUUUGCAAAAUACAGCACUGGAGAUAUUCAUGGCAAAUAGAGUGGGUGUCAUGUUCAACUUCCCUGACCAAGCAACAGUAAAGAAAGUGGUUAACUGUCUACCUCGGGUCGGUAUUGGUACUAUCUUUGGACUGCCCCAGACCAGGCGAAUUUCUUUGGCUAGUCCACGACAGAUUUUCAAAGCUUCCAAUAUGACCCAGCGAUGGCAACACCGAGAAAUUUCCAACUUUGAAUACCUGAUGUUUCUAAACACUAUAGCAGGCCGGACUUACAAUGAUUUAAAUCAGUACCCCGUCUUCCCUUGGGUUAUCACCAACUACGAAUCAGAUGAGUUGGACCUUACUCUUCCUAGCAACUUCAGGGAUUUGUCAAAGCCUAUUGGAGCUUUGAACCCAAAGAGAGCAGCAUUCUUUGCCGAGAGAUACGAAUCGUGGGAAGAUGAUCAGGUUCCAAAAUUUCACUAUGGCACACAUUACUCAACAGCAAGUUUUGCACUCACGUGGCUAUUAAGGAUUGAACCCUUCACAACACUUUUCCUAAAUCUGCAAGGUGGGAAGUUUGAUCAUGCAGACAGAACCUUUUCAUCUAUUUCGAGGGCGUGGCGCAACAGUCAGCGUGACACUUCUGAUAUCAAGGAAUUGAUUCCUGAAUUUUAUUACCUCCCAGAGAUAUUUGUCAACAGUAACAAUUACAACCUGGGAGUGAUGGAUGAUGGAACAGUUGUGUCUGAUGUUGAACUUCCACCAUGGGCCAAAACCCCAGAAGAAUUUGUUCGCAUAAACAGGCUG